GAAGCACACGUUCCCUUAUUUCUUUCUUCCCAAGUUUGGAAACUCGAUAUUAAUUCCCACACUCGUCCGGGACAACAAAACUCCUUUGCCGUCGAAAUCUCUCGGCUCUCUUCUUCCUCUUUUUUUGUUCUUAUUCAAAUUUAAAAGUGAGCUACUCUUAUUUAUAUGGAACCCCACUAAAGAGUUGAAUCAACAAUCAUGGCUGGUAGAAAGCUUGUUCGAGAUUUGUUCCUCCACAGACAAUCCCUUGUUCUUCGGUCUCAACAACAGGCUUCAGGCACGAAUAUUCGAUUGCUUUCGGCAAAUGGGUAUUCCGGGAAUCGUCGAUUCAGUGUCUUCAAUGAGUUUUCCAAGCAGGUCAAGGAGGAAACCAAUAAGAAUCCACAUUUUAAAAAGACGGUCAAGGAGCUGAAGAAGCAAGUGGAAGAGCUCAAGGGAGUGAAAGAAGAUCUGAAAGUUAGAACAAAGCAGACAACGGAGCAGCUAUACAAGCAGGUGGAUGGUGCUUGGACGGAGGCUGAAGCAACAGCAAAGAAGGUCUCAGCAAAUGUAAAAGAGAAGUUCUCGGCUGCCACAGAAGAGGUCAAAGAAUCUUUUGGAAUAGGGAAAGAGCAGGCUUCAGGGCCUUCUCGUGCUUCAGCUGACCAUGUUGCUGAUGAGAAAGGUGGAAGCAAGGCCUCAUCCACUGAAGAUAAACACCAGCACUCAGGGGCUAGUGAUACUGCAGAAACAUUAUUUGGAAAAUUUAGGUCAAAGGUCUCUUCAUCAAAUGUUUCCUCUGUCUUGAAUAGAUUCAAGGAAGCCAAGUUUGUUGACAUGGCCAAAAGAGGAUAUGAAAUUGUAAAGGAUGAGUUAAAUGGUAGUCAAAGUAGGAAAAAGCAUCUAGGGUUUGAUCCUUCUUCCAUCCCACGAGUUGAGAGAAGUGCAACAAGUGACAUUGCUAUUGUACCCACCAAACAAUCUCCUUGGAGCAAAAAGUGGGAGGCUUUCAAAAUGAAGAUGCAAGGGAAUCCUCUAUUCAAGCAUAUCAGUGGGAUAAGUGAACCUGUUAAAAUAAAAGGCGAAGAGAUCAUUGAUGACAUGAAGGAACGCUGGGAAAAUUCUGAUAGCCCAAUUGUUCACAAAAUUCAGGAUAUCAAUGAAAGUAUUUUUCAAGAAACAAAUGCUGCAGCAUCAAUCAAGGAGAUCCAUGCCCGAGAUCCAUCUUUCUCUUUACCAGAUUUUGUGGAAGAAGUUCAGAAUGCGGUCAAACCUGUGUUAAAUGCUUACAUGAAGGGAGAUAUUGAAACAUUGAAGAAGUACUGUGCUAAUGAGGUGAUUGAGCGGUGUAAAGCCGAGCGUCAGGCUUAUCAAAGCCAUGAUAUCUUUUUUGAUAACAAGAUUCUACAUAUAUCUGAUGUGCAAGUCGUAGAAACCAAACUGAUUGGAGAGUCUCCUGUAAUCAUUGUCCGGUUCCAAACACAGCAAAUCUAUUGUGUGCGUGAUAAAAAUGGAGCAAUAACAGAUGGCAGCCAGGAUACGAUCCAGACUGUGAUCUAUGGCUGGGCCAUGCAACCUUGGGAUCCUGAAGAACUUCCUGAAGGUGCUCUUUUCCCAAUAUGGAGAGUAAGAGAGAUUCAACAAUUUAGAAUGCUGUCACUUAUAUAGUUAUUCACAUAAGCUCUGAUCAUAACCGAUGUGGAUGUUGUAUCAGGAAAUUUUGUAGUAUAUUAAUUUUAGUAUGAUCAAUUCAAUGCAGUUCUUUACUGAGAGCAUAAGCAAAUCAAAAUCCCUCCAAAUUUCCUUUUUGGGAGUGACAGAUUCUGAGCAAAUAAUAUUAUCAAUACAAAUUCUUUGUUACUGC